AUGCGCUGUCCAAGCAUGGCCUGCCGGUUUGCCGCUGGCGCUACAAGCCCUUCGAAGCUGUGGGAGAUGCUGGGAGCUGCGAGAACAGGAUGGGGCAUCGUGCCCGACUCACGCUUCAAUGCAGCAGCUUUCCACCAUCCGCACGGCGAGAAGACCAGCACCGCCAACGUGACCAGCGGUCAUUUUCUCGAGCAGGACAUUGCGCAUUUCGAUCACAACUUCUUCGGCCUGUCCGCAGAAGUUGCCAAGAGUAUGGACCCUCAACAGCGCAUGACGCUGGAAGUGGUGUACGAGGCUUUGGAGAAUGCUGGUAUUACCCUCGCGCAAAUUGCCGGCUCCAACACGUCCGUGUUUGCUGGAAUCAUGCAGAGAGACUAUUCCGACGGCCUCCUACGCGACCCCGACCGCCUGCCGCAGAUGUACAUGACGACCAACGCAGCCGCGAUGGCGUCGAACCGUGUCUCGCACUUCUACGACCUCCGGGGCCCCAGUAUGACCAUCGACACUGCUUGCUCGACUACUCUGACUGCCGUGCAUCUGGCUUGCAAGAGUCUCCAGAGCGGAGAAUCCGUUACUUCAAUUGUGACUGGGGCCAAUCUGAUGUUGAACCCAGACUUUUUCGUUACCAUGUCGAGCCUAGGCUUUCUAUCACCGGAUGGAAAGUCCUAUGCUUUCGACAAGCGUGCCAACGGCUAUGGCCGUGGUGAAGGAAUUGCAUCCAUCGUUCUAAAGCGUCUCGGAGAUGCCAUCGAGGCGAAUGACCACAUCCACGCUGUCAUAUGUACGACUGGUCUUAAUCAGGACGGCAAGACAGCUACUAUCACCCGACCGAGUUGUGACGCGCAGCAAGCGUUGAUCGCGAAAUGUUAUAAGCAAGCUGGCCUCGACAUGAAGGACACGGGUUAUGUCGAGGCUCACGGCACAGGCACGAAGACUGGAGAUCCCAUCGAGUUGGAGGCUAUUGCAAGGACAAUCGGCGUUGCCAGAGCUUCCAACUCGCUGCCAUUGUGGCUGGGCUCCGUCAAAACGAAUGUCGGUCACUGCGAGGCUGCCAGUGGACUGGCCAGCAUCAUCAAGACCGCACUGUGUCUGAAGCGAGGAGUCAUCCCUCCUAAUGCAGACUUUGGUGAAAUGAGUGAAGCGUGCCGUCAAGUAGCUGGGCACAUUACGAUUCCUAGAAAAUGUACAACGUGGCCCGAACAGGACCGAAUUCGUCGGGCAUCAGUCAAUAAUUUUGGUUUUGGAGGUGCAAAUGCCCAUGUAAUCAUGGAACAAGCCCCUGAGUAUGCUGGCCAGAAAGGUGAAACGCACUCGAGGUCCGGGACACGACCGAGAUUGUUCGCUCUGAGCAGCCACAAUGAGGAGGCGUUGAGCCGUACAGCGUCCCAACUGCGCCUCUACCUUACCCAGCUUCAAGGGAAGGACAAUCAAUGCUCCGAGGCGAUCUUAGAUGACCUGGCGUACACCCUGCACCGACGGCGCUCGAGAUUCUCCUGUAUUGAUGCUGUCAGUGCGAGUAGUAUCACUGAACUCGAUCAGCACCUUGAGCGAAUCGAACGUUCGUGUAUCUGUCCGAGACGGAACGGAGCCCUGCGUAUCGGAUUCGUAUUCAAUGGACAAGGAGCGCAAUGGCAGGGUAUGGGCAAGGAGUUGAUUGCCACCUACCCGGCUUUUCGCGCGAGUAUCCAAGCCAUGGAUGGGUAUAUGCGAGAGAUGGGAGCACAAUGGUCCUAUCUGAACGAUGUCGCGUACAGUCUGCCGCUCUCUACCGCCAUUCAGGUGGCGCUCACGGACCUGUUGCGCUCGUGGAAUGUGUUUCCAGCCGUGGUGACAGGACACUCGAGCGGAGAGGUGGCCGCUGCGUAUGCUGCUCAUGCCAUCGAUGCCCGGUCCGCAAUUGCCAUGAUGUUCAUUCGUGGAAGUCUAGCGGCCGAGGACGAUGCGGGCCAACGGCGAGGAGCCAUGCUCGCUGUAGGGCUGUCUCAGAGUGACGUCCUCCCGUAUGUCGCUGCCGUGAAUGGAAAGGAAUGUGGACGCGUGUGGGUCGCAUGCGUCAACAGUCCCAAAAGUGUGACCGCAUCAGGAGAUAUCGGUGGUAUCGCGUUCCUGGAACAACUCCUCAAUGCAGACGGGGCUUUCUGUCGUCGACUCAAGGUCACCGCAGCCUUCCACACCGAGUAUAUGGCUCCAAUCUCGUCCAGAUUCAUGGAGAGAGUGCGACCGUGGCUUGCAGCAGCGGCCGCGUGCACAAACGGAAUGGAGCCAGCGGUGGGAAGAGAACCUGUAGCUUUCUGCUCCUCCGUAACUGGAACUUACCUCACGGACCUUAGAGAGCUCGCCACUCCGGAGUACUGGAAUACCAACAUGCUUUCCCAGGUACAGUUUGAUCGUGCUCUUAGCAAAAUGUGCAUUGUCAAUGGACGUCGACUGAACAUCGACAUGAUUGUGGAGGUUGGACCACACAGCGCACUCAAAGGCCCAAUCAUGGAUAUACUGAAGGAAGCGAAUGUACCAGGGGACUUGGGCGAUAUUGGCUACGGCAGCUGUCUGGUCCGCAAGCGAGAUGCGGUACUGAGUAUUCAUGGGCUUGUCGGCGAGCUUGUCCGGAGAGGGCACGGUACGAUCAACCUUGAUCUCGUCAAUUUUCCCACUUCUUUGCGGCAACCAGGUUUCCUGCUCGACCUUCCCUCUUACCCUUGGUCACACGAAGUGUCUUUCUGGAUCGAAGAGCAGCGCAAUAAGUCCUACCGGCACCGAACGGCAGCGUCGUGCGACCUUCUCGGCGUGCGUGAGUCCAUCGCUGAGCCGAUGGCCAUGAGUUGGAGCAACUUCCUCAAGAUUUCGGAUGUGCCGUGGCUGAGGCACCAUGUGGUCGGAGGAAAGAUCGUCUUCCCGGCGGCUGGAUACCUUUGCAUGGCCAUUGACGCCAUCGGUCAGAUGCAAACGCAACAAGACGGCGAGACGAAUGGACUCGAAUACCACUUGCGCAACAUUGCCUUUCCGCACGCACUGGUCCUACCCGAAGACGAAGGUGCGGGCUGCCAGCUGCAUUUCCAUUUGCAAGCCUGUCCGGAUUGGGAUCUGCAAUCUCAUGGCUGGUUCCAGUUUCAUAUCUAUUCACGGGAACCGAAGUCCAGUGGCCGUGAUGUCUGGCGUCUCCACUGCAGCGGGCAAACGAAGAUGCAGGUCAGCGAUGGAAUCGUUCGGUCAGGGGAACAGAUUGCAGCUGGCAUCGCAUCCACGGCAGCCAGUCACUCGUCUCUAGCUCUUUCUGAUACCAAAGCUAUGGAUCCGCAAGAUCUGUGGGCCACGCUACGUCGUGUUGGGAUCGAAUAUGGAGCGGCAUUCCGAAACUUUCGCCGGAUUAUUUACGGCGACUCCAACUCCUCAACAGUCGCGUGCGUCGAACUGCACGUUGCCGACACAGCAUCGACAAUGCCGCGCGGACACGAGUCCGCGUACGCAAUGCAUCCUACCACAAUCGACGCUGUCUUGCAAGCUGCUUACCCGUCUUACUACAAUUCGCCGCUGGCGACUCAAGAACAGGCGUAUCUUCCCCCCAAACGAAAUGGAUUUUCCGUGGACAUGACGGUUCAUAAUGCCAACCCGAAUGAUAAAGGCUACGAUCAGCUGCCCGUGCUGGAAGUGACAGGUCUUGAAUUUCAUGGUGCGCCGGUGGCGGACUCGAGACCACUCGGUCUAGAGUCCAGAGCAGAGGAUCACGAUCGUUUCGCUAGGACUUUCUGGACACCGGAUGUUCGCUUCGGCGUCCCCGAGCACAUGCUGCGUGAACUGAGGCACCGUCAAGACUCAUACGAGGAGAGCCUAGCAAAUGACCUACACUCUGCUGCGUUGCACUACAUGUCAAAUGCCCUAGAGACGAUCCCGUCAGCUGUGUUAGGUGAGAUCCCGGGGCACUUCGUAAAAUAUCAUCAAUGGAUGAAGGCGCAGAUCGAGAAAGAGUCCGCCACUCCACUCAGCCCUGACGACUUGGCCGACUUUUACCAGCGAGUCGGCUCGUCCGGCGUCAACGGAGAGCUGAUGACACGAGUGGGCCCGAAGAUUUCUGCCAUCAUACAAGGUCACGAGUCCGCUUUGGAUCUGAUGAUGCAGGAUCGGCUGUUGUAUCGCUACUACGAGAACGCACCGCAAUGGAGGCGCUCCGAGACACAGCUAGCAUCGCUGCUACACAUGCUGACCAAGGUGAACCCAAAGUGUAGCAUCCUAGAGAUUGGUGCCGGGACAGGCGGCGCUACCAAGGCUAUAAUGCAGGCUUCACCAUCGCGCAACAAAUGGACGUCCAUCGAAAAAGACGAUGGCCACGAUGCAUUGGAUUUCAGCACAUAUCACUUCACCGACAUAUCACCCGCUUUUUUCGACUCUGCCCGCCAGCAAUUCAGUCCGUGGGCAGAGCGUAUGCUCUUCAAGCAACUUGAUAUCAGCUCCGAUCCUCUGGAGCAGGGAUUCGAGCCGAACACGUACGACGUCGUCGUUGCGUGUCAGGUUCUUCAUGCCACCUCUAACAUUCGACAGGCGAUGCUGAAUGUCCAUCGCCUGUUAAAGCCUGAUGGCAAGUUGCUGCUGAUGGAAACCACUCGAGACAGCAUCGACAUAUUUCUCGCUUUUGGCCUUCUCCCAGGCUGGUGGCUCAGUACAGAGCCAGAACGAGCGUCUUCGCCUUCCCUGAGCCUCGAAUCAUGGGAUUUGGUGCUCCGCGAGACUGGAUUCUCCGGCGUUGAUUGCCACCUUCGGGAUCAUGAGGAUGAAGAGAGGUCACACUUUAGUGUGCUAAUGUCGACUGCGCGGCGACCGAACUCAAAACUCGGCAUUGAACUCAACGGCACUUGUCGAAGCCCAUUGCAUGUUGUCGCACGAGACUUCACCUGCUUCCCGCUCGGAUGGUUACAAAAGCUAGAUGACACAUUGACCACCACUUUGGGCGUUCAGCCAAUGUUCUGUUCAUUGGAUCGCUGUUCUUCUCUGACUGGGAUGGGCUGUUCCGUGAUCUACAUCGAAGAGCCAGGGAGCAACGCCCUUUCUCGUCCUACAGAUGCGGACUACAACGCGCUGAAAUCUUUGCUAACAUCAUGCCAGUCCGUUUUCUGGAUCACACGAGGUGCGGUUAUGGAUGUCGUCGACCCGUGGUCUUCGUUAAUACAUGGACUGCUGCGCUCGCUUCGGUGCGAAUAUCCUAGCAGCAACUAUGUCACCCUCGAUCUAGAUCCUCGGCGACCGUUCUGGACUUUCGAUUCUGCAAAGGCGAUAGCACAAGUCUAUGCGUCAACGAUGCAGGACCCUGAUAGCUCAGCGCGCGACUUUGAGUUCUGCGAGAGGCAUGGUGUCAUCCACGUACCGCGUCUCCGACGUGUAUCGAGUCUGCCAAGCGAAGAUGACUCGACGCGGUUGGAAUUGCGGGCCUUCACAGAUGCCGAAAAGCCAAUUCAACUCGAGAUCAGGGUACCAGGGUUGCUCGACACACUCGAAUUUCUGCCGGCUGAGAGUCGAGAACACACGCUGCUUCCUCCUGAUAUGGUCGAGAUCGCACCCAGGGCUUUCGGGCUGAACUUUCGGCACAUUAUGCUUGCAAUGGGCGAGCUGCCUUGCGAUCAACUACCCGCACUAGAAUGCUCAGGGGUGAUAACCCGCCUUGGGGCCCAUGCGGCUGUCAAUGGUCUACGCGUUGGCGACCGUGUCUGCGCCUUCUCUACAGACAGCUGGCGCACAAGCUUGUGGACUCCUUGGACCAGCGUUGCCAAGAUCCCCGACCAAAUGAGCUGGGUACAGGCUGCAAGUAUCCCUGUGGCGUUCUCAACAGCAUAUGUUUCCUUGGUGAGGGCUGCGCGCGUCCAGCGUGGGGAGACAGUGCUGGUUCAUGCGGCAGCAGGCGGGCUUGGACAGGCCGCCGUAUCGCUAUGUCAACACUUGGGGGCUGAGGUUUAUGCAACCGUCGGCAGCGAAAGAAAGCGGAAAGCUUUGAUAGACCGCUUCGGUAUCCGACCGGAACGGAUCUUUAGUAGCCGUUCCCAAGGUUUCGUCGACGGGCUGAUGCAAGCCACCAAAGGACGAGGUGUCGACGUGGUGAUCAAUUCCUUGUCUGGUCCACUACUCCAAAGCGGGCUAAAUUGUCUUGCCAGAUUUGGUCGAUUUGUUGAACUCGGCCGCCGCGACAUUGAGAAUCAUCAUCGCAUUGACUUUGCAGCAUUUGGACGAAGCAUCUCCGUCUUGGCGGUGGAUCUGCUUGUGUUGGUGGAGCAUCAGUCACGAGAAAUGCACAAAGUUCUCGAAACUUGUGUACGACUAGUGGGCCAUGGAACCCUCCCGGGCAUUGAGCCCAUUGUUGGCGUUCCGUUGGCAGGCGUUGAACAAGGCUUUCGUCAACUUCAGACUGGCCAACACAUAGGGAAGGUCGUCGUCAACACCGAGGACGGAAAUGGUACCGUUGCGGUCCGCCAUGCCUCACCACGCGUGGAACUGUUACCGGAUGCCUCGUACCUAGUGGUCGGUGGCGGAGGUGGCAUCGGCAAGAAGACUUGCGAAUGGCUUGCCAAACGGGGCGCAAGGUCCUUGAUUGUACUUUCGCGAAACACUCCGGAGGGAACUGGGUCUUGGGAUUCCAUCCCGAAGGAAUGCCAUAUCCGAGACGUUGCCUGCGAUGUUUCCGACAGAAGCAAGCUGGAAGCUGCCUUGGCAACUUGCGACGAUAUGCCCCCGAUCCGAGGUGUGAUACACGCCGGGAUGGUUCUUCACAACUCGGCCUUUGAAAACAUGACGAGGGCACAAUACAUGGCUGCCAUCUACCCCAAGGUGAUGGGCAGUUGGAAUUUGCAUCAAGUAUUUCCCGCCGUCGAUUUCUUCGUCAUGUGCUCGUCAGUGUUGGGGAUCACCGGAGCGCCGGGUCAGGUAAACUACACGGCUGGCUGUUCUUUCCAAGAUGCUCUCGCUCGGUUACGAACGUCUCGAGGUAUGAGCGCAGUAUCUCUCAAUCUCGGCAUGGUCGAAUCAGUCGGAUAUGUGGCGGAGAACAAUCUCUUCGACCUGCUGAAGGAGCGAGGGCUCGAACCAAUACCGAUCGAGACUGUCCUCAGGCUCAUGGAGCUGGCCAUUUCGCAGCAACCCAAACCCUUCGACCACAUUGUUUGUGGAAUCAAUGCAGAUCCGGGCACACAUUGGGCCAGAGACUUUCUACUCUGCGACGAGCGGUUCUCCACCCUGCAGGAUCAGGCCAUGUCGUCUUCAUCGGCACCAGAAUCAGGAUUUCUGCAGCAACCAGCGAAUUUCGGGCGCAAGACGGACAGAUUGUCAUCGAGACUCCGGUCCAGCGUGGCUGUGGACGAUGCAUCGAAACUGAUCGUCGAUGAGCUCAACCUCAAGCUUCAGACGAUGUUUGGCGCAACUCACAUCGAUACCUCGAAAGACUUUUCCGAGUGCGGAGUCGACUCGCUCGUAGCGAUUGAGCUGCGCAAUUGGCUCAGGACCCAGACCGGACUUGACAUUUCCGUCACGGGCAUGAUGCAGGCGUGUUCAAUCGAUGACUUUGCUCACGAGGUGGCGGAGCGAAUGAGCUGCUCUUCUUCUGAUGAUUGA